AUGACUUCUCACCAGCGCGAUCCGCAUGAGCCGGUGGCCAUUGUGGGCAUGGGAUGCCAGUGGCCUGGUGGCGUCCGGGACGGCUCUCAAUUUUGGGAAUUCUUGCGUGACAAGGCAGAUGGCUGGAAAGAGUUCGACGAUCCACGCUUCUCUACAAGAGGCUAUCACCACCCCAACGCUGAUCGCCCAGGUUCCGUGGCAAUGAAAGGUGCCUUCCUUGCUGAUGAAGAUGCCCGCCUCUUUGACCACGCCUUUUUCGGCAUGACUGGUCUUGAAGUGGAGACGAUGGAUCCGUCACAACGCAAACUCCUCGAAGUCGCAUACGAAGCCAUGGAGAAUGCUGGAGAAACAUGGGAGAGCGUCUCUGGAUCUCGGACCGGAGUCUUCGUUGGCAACUUCUGCUUAGAUCACUGGAUGAUACAGUCGCGGGAUUGGGACAAUCCAAGACCCUAUGCUUUUACUGGAGCCGGAACCAGCAUUCUCGCGAACCGCAUAAGUUACAUUUUCAAUCUUCAAGGCCCAAGCCUAACGAUCGAUACUGCCUGCUCAUCAUCCAUGUAUGCCCUGCAUCUGGCAGUCAAUGCAAUUCGGGCUGGUGAUUGUGAUUCGGCCAUCGUCGCAUCUGCCAAUUGGAUUGCAGACCCCGGAGUCCAAAUCGCGCUUGACAAGCUCGGCGCACUGUCUGCGUCCUCAAGGUGUCAUACUUUCGAUGCCAGAGCCGACGGAGGCCAGGAAGUUGUUAUACGUGAAGCUUACCGAAACGCCGGCCAUCUCCCUUUCGGAGAAACGAGCUAUUUUGAAUGCCAUGGCACCGGCACAUACGUUGGAGAUCCUAUUGAGGUGGCGGCCUUGGGGAGUGUCUUCGCCCCGGACAGGUCCGCCGACGAUCCAUUGCUAGUUGGUUCUGUCAAGAGCAAUGUAGGGCAUGGCGAAGGCGCCAGCGCCCUGGCAUCGAUCAUGAAGGUUGUGCUUGCCCUUGAGCACGGGGCCAUUCCCCCUGUUUUCAAUAUCGAGACACUCAAUCCCAACAUCGCUUUCGACGCCGCCAAGGUCCAACCUGUGACAGAAGUUACCCCAUGGCCAAAGGAACGACUGCAGAGAGCCAGUAUAAAUUCAUUCGGAUAUGGUGGCGCAAAUGGACACUGCAUUCUUGAUCAUGUCAACAACGUACUGCCGGACUAUGUGGCACCUGGCGUCUACCAGCACAAGGCGAACGGCACAGCCAAUGGCCAUACAAAUGGUCAUACAAAUGGACAUGAGGACGGAGUUUCAAUUCAGCACAGCCCUAUCGUCAAGAGUCCGAGGUUAACUGCCACGGCCAACGCAGCUACACGCCAACUGGUGCUACUGCCUCUAUCGGCCCACAAUGAGCACUCACUCGAGUUGAAUCUCGACGCAUUGUCUCAAGUCAUCGACAAGAUUUCGUUGGCAGACGUCGUGUAUACUCUUGGCGCUAGGCGCUCGAGAUUUGCGCAACGGUCUUUCCGUAUCGUUGACAAGGUCAAUGUCGCCCAGAGCCUCGAGCAGCAUGGCAAGAUUGUGCGAGCCCCUUUGCAGACUGUCAACCUCGGAUUCAUUUUCACCGGUCAAGGAGCUCAGUGGCACGCCAUCCAGUACCUCGACUAUGUCCUGGGCGCACUGCCAAAUCCCCCCUCGUGGUCACUACAGAACAUCCUCUCUGGUGACUGUGAUGCGAUUCUAGUCCAGACAGCUGAAAUCUCUCAAGCUGUAUGUACCGCCGUACAGGUUGGUAUUGUCGAUCUCCUCGCUUCAUGGUCUGUUAGACCUUCGGGCGUCGCUGGACACUCGUCGGGCGAGAUUGCGGCGGCGUACGCUUCGGGUCGCAUCACAGCUGCCGAGGCAAUUAUAGCCGCAUACUUCCGUGGCCAAGCAGUAUCAAGAAAUAAGCAAGCCGGUGCCAUGUUGGCCGUGGGCCUCGGAUGGGACCAGGUUGCCAGGUAUCUUGAAGGCCGACAGGAUGAAGUCAAGGUGGCAGCGAUUAACUCUCCAGGUAGUGUCACUCUAUCAGGCGAACCGACCGCCAUCGACGAGAUUUCCGCAGUCAUGACAGCGGACAGCAUCUUCAACAGAAGGCUGGAAACUGGUGGCAAUGCCUACCAUUCGCAUCACAUGGUUCCUAUCGGGCGUGAAUACGUCGAGAUACUGACCGAGGGGAUCCAACACACCCGAAAGUUGGGGCUGGCCUCCGCGAAACAGCGGUAUCAGCACGUACCAUGGAUUUCAUCAGUCACUCCCAGUAAGAGUACUGCUGAGUUCAACGAGGCCGUCGCAAGCCUUGUGGAUAGCCAGGAUGUUCCGAUUCAUGCUCUUGUGGAAAUCGGACCUCAUCCGGCGCUGAAGAGCCCAUUGGACCAGAUCCUGAAAGCAGGCGGUAAGACUGUUGCUUAUGCUUCAACACUAAAGCGACAGGAAGAUGGCCGAAGGUCAAUGUUGCAACUUGCCGGGACGCUGUUUAGCCUGAACGCAUCUGUCGACCUUGCUGCUGUGAAUGCUGUGGACGAGACGGACGAUACGGGCCUGGAACAUGGCUGCACUUGCAUUGAACUUCCACCAUACAAGUACACCUAUGGAGGGUUGAAUUACCACGAAAGUCGGGCCAGCAAAGAGUAUCGACACAGGCCGGUUGUUAGACACGACCUCUUGGGCUCCAAGGUCGUUGGUAACGCAAAGCUGCGACCCCAGUGGCGCAACAUUCUUCGUAUCAAGGACGUGCCAUGGUUGGGCGAUCAUCGCCUGGUGCCAGAUGCGGUGUUGCCCGGCGCAGGAUACAUAGCCAUGGCAGUGGAAGCCGCCUCACGCGUCUACGACGAGUUCCCCGAGCCGCUGACGAUCAAAGGAUUUUGCCUCCGCGAUGUCGCCAUUAAGAAAAGCCUGGUGAUCCCGGAAGACGACUACGGUGUUGAGGUUUUGACGAGCAUGGAGCUGGCCGAUGUGGCCACGGCCCAGUCGCCAGCAUGGGCGACCUUCUCCAUCAGCUCUGUGGGACGAGAGACCAAUGAAUGGACCGAGCAUAGCACUGGUCGCGUGCAGAUCCAAGUCGAAGUUGCUUCCCAAGAUUUUGACCAGCAUCAAGUUGCUCCCCGUGCCCCACGCGGCGUCAAUGCGCGAGCUUGGUAUAAGAAGUUCUUGGAUGCCGGCCUCGGUUACGGCCCUGCCUUUCAGCCCUUGUCAGACAUCCGCACCGAUCCAGCGUCGAACCUUGGUGUGGCAACCGUUGUCCUGCAUCCGACAACCAUCAAGGGGGGCGAGUCGCGAUACGCCUUGCACCCGGCUUCGCUCGACGGUGCCAUCCAGCUGGGGCUGAUUGCCUGCCAUGGCGGCCGCCUCGACGAGGCCAGCACGGCGUUUGUGCCCGUCCAUCUCUCUCGCUUAUAUCUCGCCAACGACAUUGUGGGGGAUACGUGCACUGUCGUCGCGCGUGGAGAGAGACGCGGCAUUCGCAGUGCCUAUCUCGACUUACAAAUGCUGGGUUCCAACGGCGAGGUCCUGCUCAACGUGGAUACUCUCCGCUGCGUCAGCUUCUCCAAGGAGGCCAAGACGGCGGACAGGAGCUUCGCCAGUCCGUUCACGCGUCUUGUCUGGAAGCCGGAUAUUCGCACGCUGAGCAAUCGCCAGGCCCGCCAGAUAUUCCCUCCUCCCAAGGCGAACGUGGAGAAGUCGCACCUAUGGGGGAUCUUGGAUAAGCUAGUCCACUUUGUGGUCCUCAGCAUGUAUGAAAGCUUCGGAAAACUACGAGACGGGCCCACGCCUUCGGGUGACGUAGGCCACUUCUUCGACUGGAUCAGGAGAAAGGGCCAAGACGAUCAUUCUCCCUUGAUGGAGGAAGCCAGAGACUUGGUCAACAACGGGCUCCUCCAGAAGAUUGAAGACCUUGUCAGCCAAGCACCCGACGUUAUCGAGGUGAAGAUUGCCAAGCUUUUACACGACAACGCGGCAGACAUUCUCUUCGAGCGCCGAACCGGGAUGGAUAUCAUCAUCGGCGAGGAUCUGCUAACGCCUCUUUAUAGAUCUGGUCUCCUGAUGACAGGUAUCUAUCCGCAGCUCUUGCGCGUUCUGAGCGGUCUUGCCCAUGCAAAUCCGAACCUCCGCGUUUUGGAAAUUGGGGGCGGCACCGGCGGCGCGACACGCAUCGCCAUGAAGGCGUUCAACGGCCCCAACGGCAUCAAAGCUUACCAUGACUACACGUUUACCGACAUCUCCCCCGGCUUCUUGUCAUCGGCACGAGCAUCAAUGGCGGACUUGCGCGAUAUGAACUUUUCCGUCUUCGACGCCGAGGUGGAACCCGCAGACCAAGGAUACGAGCAGGCCUACGAUCUCAUCAUUGCUUGCCAGGUCCUUCACGCCACCUCCAACAUGCGCAAUACUCUGUCAAACUGCCGAAAGCUCCUCAGGCCUGGAGGCAGGCUUGUCCUGGUGGAAACUACCCAGAACUUCAUCGUGCCUGGUGUCGUUGUGGGUACGUUCACGGGGUACUGGGCCGGUAUCCCAGAUGGCCGUGUGGAUGCUCCUUUCCAGAGCCUGGACGCUUGGAACUCUUCGUUGCGAGAGGCUGGCUUCUCGGGGCUGGAUCUCGUGUUGGACGACUUUCCAGAACCGCACAAUACGACGUCUGUGAUUCUUUCUACGGUUCUCCCGGAGACGGCAAAUCUACCACAGCCCGCCACAGCUAUCAAUGUGCUCCAUGGUGGCAGAACAGCUCAACCUCUUGUCGAGCACAUUUCCAAAGAACUGAAUCAACGGGGAUUUGUAGCCAAAGCAGGCGCGUUAGACGAGGCCCUGGACGACCUUGCUCCAGAAUCGCGCGUGAUUGCUCUCUUGGAUGAGAAGUAUCUUUUGGCCAAUGCCGACGAGCAAGCCCUGAAGGUGGUUCAACACCUGGCACGGAACUCGGCGAGCUUGGUUGCCCUUACGAGCUGUGGCCUGGUCAAAGGACGCAAUGCGGAUGGUGCCUUGAUUGCUGGCCUGCUCCGCGUCCUCCAAAAUGAGAAUCCUGCCAGCCAAUACGUCAUCGUCGACCAAGAGUUGAAACUUGGUCGAAGCACUCUAGUGGACGACGACGAGGGUGAUCCAAAGGACCAUGAAUUCUCCUAUCACGACGGCUGCUUGUGGGUCAGCCGCCAUGUGCCCGACGCAGGCUUCCACUCGCAACACGGUCUGGACAGCCGGGGCACGAAGCCCGAGUUGCUGCCACUCAGCAGCCAGGGCGGCGUACGGGCUGCCUUUGCGACCCAUGGGGUAUUGAACUCGUUGUGCUUCAUGCCCUACAAGGAACUUUUGCAACCACUGCCGCCCGACUUCAUCGACGUGGCGGUUGCGGCCGUUGGCGUGAACCGGAGGGACUUGGAUCAGUGGACUGGCCGACUGGAUGUCGACCACCUUUCGUCUGAAUACGCGGGCAUCGUCACAGCGGUAGGCGCCUGCGUGGAUGGCUUCAAGAUUGGCGACCGCGUAUACGGUCUCGGGAAAGGGCAGCUUGGCAACCGCACUCGCGUGCCAGCUGCCUUUGCGGGCAAACUCCAGCCGCGUGAUACCAUGGCCCAGAUGGCUACCAUGCCAUUGGCAUACACGACGGCCAUCUAUGCUUUCGACCAUAUCGCCCACCUCCGGAAGGGACAGUCGGUGCUUGUUCAGUCAGGCGCGAGCGAUGUCGGGAUAGCAUCAAUUCGUCUCGCCAAGGCAAAAGGAGCGCAUGUUUUCGCCACGGUCGAGACACCUGAACAACGGAGCUUCCUCAUAGACGAACUGGCCAUGUCAGCUUCGCAUGUCAUUCGGGCACCCAGUUUCACGGAUCUGCGACGCGCUGCACAAAUGACGCCCAAGGCUGGGUUUGAGGUGAUUGUCAGCACUGCUCGAGGCGAACUCCUCUCUUCGUUCUUGCAAGUGCUGGCACCUCUAGGCCGCCUGAUCGAUGUUGGUCGAGUCGAGGUACAGGCCGCUCGGAAGACAAGUCUGGAGUUGCUCCCGCACAGCGCUACCUUUGCUUCUAUCGAUCCUUUUGCCAUUCUCGACCUGGAUCCAGCCCUUGGUGCAGAGCUCAUGCAGGCCGCUGAUGGCUAUUACCGCAGCGGACUCAUCGGACCCAUCCAAAAAAUCACCGCGCCCGAUGUUGCUCACUUGUCCUCCGAAUUAGACGAUUUCCCCAACAUCAUUGGCAAGCUGGUUAUAAGCUUCGAAAACACCGAGAGUUCCGUCAUGAUGAUCCCUUCAGCACCGGCCGUCAAGUUCGACUCCGAGUCUUGCUACGCCAUCACCGGAGCCUUGGGCGGCUUGGGACAGUCCUUGAUUCGAUGGAUGGGGGAUCGAGGUGCAAGGCACAUGGCACUUCUCUCUCGACGUCAUGUUUCCAGCGUAUCUGGAGCCCAGGAACUUGUCGACUCACUGGCCGGCCGCGAUAUCCAUGUCGAAUGCCAUGUCUGUGAUGUCAGCAAGAAAGACCAGGUGAUGCGUGUGAUGCAGCAGAUCUCUUCGCAUCGUCCCAUCAAGGGUGUUGUUCACGCUGCUGUUUCCUAUCUUGACCUUACAUUCGAACGGCUUUCGCCUUCGAGAUGGAACGACGGCCUGUCAGCCAAAGUGGAAGGAACCAAGAAUCUGCACGAGGCCACCUUGUCAAUGCCCCUUGAUUUCUUCGUCAUGACCACCUCGGCCUUGUCUGUGUUUGCGUUUGCAACACAGGGUGCAUACACGGCAGCCAAUAAUUUCCAGGAUGCAUUCGCACGACACCGCCGGCAGAUGGGGUUACCUGCGUCGACAAUCUCGUCCAGCUUAAUACGAGAUGUUACCAACGUUGGCACAGAUUCUACUACCGUAAAUCUUUUCGAGCGCAACAAGGCUCUGACGCUGAGCGAAUCUCAAUUCCUGGCCCUUGUCGAGCCAGCGUUCUUGGACAACAAGACGGCAGACAAGACAAGCCCCGAGCAAUGGUUUGGUCAAGAGAGCGAUCCGCUUUCCGCCGCAAACUUGCACACCUACUUGGACCCCAGUGGCCUGGUGGCCAGGAUGCGUCAUGACAUGCGGCAGUCUAUCCCUGUACAGACUUCCCUCGACGAAGGAUCCAAGAACACCAUUGCUCAUCUACGCAGCGAGCUUGACGCGGCUAUUCGCGAAGGACCUGGAGCGCGUGCUUCCGCCGUGGCCCUUGUGCAGAGCGCCAUCAUCAACGUCGUGGCCGAGAUGCUGUUUGUCGAUGUGGAGAGCAUUGACCCGGCCAAGUCGGUGGCGGAUCUAGGUGUAGACAGUUUGAUCGCGGCCGAGUUGCGCAACUGGUUCCUGCUAGGGCUUGGCACCAACAUCAGCAUGCUGGAUCUUCUUGACCCGAGCGUGAGCAUCAGCAUGUGGGCUGCCAGCAUUAUUGAUAAGGGUCUGAGUGCCAAGGCAGAGACUGAAUAG